AUGAGUUCGUCUCUACCUAUGAGGCUGCUUCUGCCUCUUACACCUUCCUUGCUUUCUCCUUGUUCGGAUUCUCGAGCUCCGUCUCCUCUAAGAUCGAAAAACCCUAACUUUAAUCUCCGAUCUCCUUCUUCCUUUACCACAUGUUGUUCUUCUUCCCAGUGGCAGCUUUUCCCUGGGCGAAGACAGCGAUUCAGAUCCUUCUCUCCUUGUGUUCCUAUGUGCACGAAAGACCAAGACAAGACAGAUAGCUGGAGAAAUGAAGAUGAUCAUAUUACUACUACUUGUGGGCUUGAAUCUGAUGAAGACUCCGGCGGCGGCCUCCGGAUUCCUACUCAGGCUCAGGCUAUCGUUGAAGGGUCUGGUUCUGUUGCUGUCUCAGAACUCAAACCUUCCCCUGAUGUAGACUACAUUCAAGAGCUAUUGGCUAUACAGCAACAAGGGCCUAGAACAAUUGGCUUCUUUGGGACUAGGAACAUGGGUUUCAUGCAUCAAGAACUCAUCGAGAUUCUUAGCUACGCCAUGGUUAUUACUAAAAACCAUAUAUAUACUUCAGGUGCAUCUGGAACUAAUGCAGCUGUUAUCAGAGGUGCAUUGAGAGCAGAGAGGCCAGAGCUUCUUACAGUAAUCUUGCCUCAAAGUUUGAAAAAACAACCUCCCGAGAGCCAAGAACUCUUGUCCAAAGUACAAAACGUGGUAGAAAAGCCACACAAUGACCAUUUGCCAUUACUGGAAGCUAGCAGGCUGUGUAAUAUGGACAUCAUAUCACAGGUACAGCAAGUGAUCUGCUUCGCGUUUCAUGACAGUAAGCUACUCAUGGAGACAUGUCAGGAAGCUAAAAAUCUCCGCAAGAUUGUCACUCUUUUCUACCUCGAUUGA